AUGGGUGCGGAAGCCAAUGUCGAAGGCCAUGACGCUCUUAUACGGCUUUACCAUCGAAUUAAAGAAUAUAAAUCCUGGACACUUUCUUCUGAUGUCCUCCAGGAAUUUGGGAUUCAGGCAUUUCAAGUGGAGAUAUCGGAUGGCCACAGCCUACAUUUCAACCCGUGUUUCUUCCGGCCAUACCCAAAGAAACUCCAUCACCUACUUCACCUUGCCGAACUAGAUGAUUAUAAACGUGGACGGAACCCAGGUCCUCCUAACUUUGAUGGUAUUUUCAAAAAGGCUCAGGAGGACUUCCUGAAUGGAGAUUACCUAAAAAUUGCAAAUCGCAAUUAUGUUUCGGCAACAAAAAGGUGGGCUAAAAGGGAGGAAGACGCGGAAUGGCGUGCCCGAGAAUCAUUCGAUUAUAUUGAACACCAACUUGAUACCACUCCAGAAGGGCAGCCCUGGUAUUUUAAGCUUCGCAGCCUCGGAAAUCUUGAAUUUUGGGACCCGAGAAAGAGACCUGAAGACCCUACUCUCAUGCAGCUUCCAUCAGAGGGCCUAGAAUGGACUGUGAUUGACACUUACCGAUAUUAUGCUGAAGGUUCCCCUAAGCCGCAUACCAUUUGCGCGAAUGUCGCAGAUGUUUAUGCAACUGAUGCAGAUACUGCGCUUACCCUUCAUGAGGUACAGGCUAUUGUGAACCUGAUGGUCAUCCGCAUAACUCAUAAGCCCUUCCGCGAAUGUCAUAUUCAUCCAAUCUUAGUUCUCUCUUACAUGGGCCCACAUCACGGUAGAAUCAUACAAGCCUCGUAUGACGGGGAGAGGCUGACUGUACAAUAUUCACAACUCUGGAGCUUUGAGGACGAAGAGAGGGCACUAACAGAACUAUUUAUUCGCUACAACUUAAGCCGACCCGUCGGACUGCAGCAAGUACUCUCUAUUAGAUAG